CUGCCGUAAAGGGCCCGGGGCUGUCGUACGUCGCGUUAAGUAAACUAAAGUGCGGAAGAGCAUAAAGAACAACUGUACUCCCAGUUACAGAGCCAAGUAACUGGCUCGCCGGGGGGAUUAUCAUGCACGGACCAUAAAGGAAGCCGUUAUUAUGUGCGCAGGAGACCUAAGCGUGAGCUGACAGCUGUCGGAAGACCUGAAGAUGGACUUUGACAGGACUGUUUUGGUGACUGGAGGCUACGGAUUCAUUGGCUCUCAUCUGGUGUGUUCACUGGUCAACGGACAUCCAGGAUGGAGGAUUAUUAACUUGGACAAUUUGGACUACUGCUGCAGCCUCAGGAGUCUGGAGAGCAUUGAAGACAAACCAAACUACACCUUCAUCAGGGGGGACGUGUGUAACUCUCGGCUGGUAAACCACGUCUUCAACACGGAAAACGUCGACGUGGUCUUCCACCUGGCGGCCAAGACGCACGUGGAGAGCUCCUUCGAGUCGCCGUCCAGCUUCCAGCGGGUCAACGUCGACGGGACCGGGGUUCUGCUGGGAGCCGCCCGCUCGGCCCGUCACCGGCUUCAGCGCUUCGUCUACGUCAGCACCGACGAGGUGUACGGAGCCGGCCUGGAAGAGGUGUUUGACGAGAGCAGUCCGGUGAAGCCCUCCAACCCGUACGCUGCCACCAAAGCGGCUGCAGAGUAUCUGGUCAGAUCCUACUGGGACCAGUAUAAGUUUCCCAUCAUCAUUACCAGGAGCAACAACAUCUAUGGGCCCAGACAGUACACAGAGAAGGUUAUCCCAAGGUUCCUCACCCUGUUGCAAAUGAACAAGAAGUGCACCAUCCAGGGAGUUCUCCCCAAGUCGCGCCACUUCCUGUUCGUCAGCGACGCCGUCGACGCCCUCCUGCUGCUCCUGGACGCAGGCGUCCUGGGGGAAACCUACAAUGUGGGGACGAGCUGCGAGAUUCCCAUCGUGCAGCUGGCCAGGGAACUUGUUAGGAUGGUCAAGGAUGUGCCUGAUGAGGAGGUGAAUAACUGGCUGGAGUUUGUGCCAGACAGGCCGGUUGUCGACCUGCGCUACCCCAUCGCGAGCGAGAAGCUGCAGCAGCUGGGCUGGAGAGCCGAGGUGUCCUGGGCUGAGGGCAUCAGACAAACCGUCAAAUGGUAUCAAGACAACCCAAACUUCUGGUUGGACAUAAGCGAGGAGAGUGGGUGAUCGUCUCUGAACCGUGACUGUUGGACCAACCGGACCUGGAAGUGACCGCACUUUAUCUUAAUUACUGAUGUAGCCGAUGUUGACAAGCACACUGCUUUGAUAAUUUGUAUUUUUUUUUUUUUAAUUAAAUUCUGUGGAAGUAAACAGAAACAGAAACCUUGACAAUGCUUGCGUCAAACUGCAGCAUCGCAGUUCUCACGCAGGCUUGAUUGUGUUUUAUAUGGUAAUUAAAUGCUACGUUUUACAAAUAAAACUCACCAUCUGUGUUCAGUUUAAUUGUGGGCAGUGAUCUGAUCUAAAUUGCAAAAGGCAGAAAAACACAAAAGAAGAAAAAGAAGAAACGGACGUUGUUUACAUUUGCAAAUCCAAACCUUUAAUUGUGGUAAAAUCAGAAUAGUUGCACAGUUCUUUUGUUUUGUUUUUUUCUCUUCGUGCAGUGCUCUUCGUGCACAACUGCUAAACUAAUACAUAAAGCAAAUACUAACUACCAGGCCGGUGCUGCUGCGUGUCCACGCCGAGAGGGUCUGGCCAUUCAGUAAGGACCGGGGCUUUUUUGUAGAAGCCUUCUGUUCCAGUGUCCUUUCACGAUAGCUUGAAAAAGCCUUUCAUGUUGAGUUACAAACACACAAAAAGCUCAAGUCAAGGGUGAUGGUUUUUUUACCUACCACAUGUGUCAUAUCCAUCUGUCAGUGAUUGCGGCCUUUCUCGGCGCCGCUUUGCAUUCUGGUCGACUGAGGCUACAGUCACAGGACAAAUGUUUGAAUCCAAGUAUAACUACAGUGUGUAUGUGCUUAUUGGACCCACAGUUAAAACAAACAAAAACAAAAAAAGUACAGGCUUCUUCUCAUGCAUGACAGAUGAAUACUCGUCACCUAUGCAAAAGACUCCUGGAACGAUCGUCGAUUCUGAUUGGCCAGAAGCCCCCCUCCCCCUCCCCGUCCCGAUACGACAGCGUUAACACACAGACGCCUGAAAAUAUGCAAAUCACAACAACAUAGCAAUAGAACCACAGUUAAUUCUGUGUGAUGGUGGAGAGUUAAAGAUUCGCCACUUGCCAGACAUUCACAACAACAAGGGUAUUAACAAGAAGGGAAGUGUAAAGAUUCAAACAAGAAAAUUAAAAAAGAAAGAAAAAAAAAUAAACUGACUUGGAGAGAAUCUGGACACUUGUUUUUUGUACUGCAUGUUUUUUAUUUUUUACAAAAUGGUCUUUGAUCGUUUUGUUAAUUUUUUUUUUAUUUUAAUCCAAACCUUGGCAUAUGUGGUGGUGUGUUCUCAAAUUUGUUUGCCGAUUAAAGAUGGCUGUUUGCGUACUGAUCGUCGUCGUUGGCAAUUGAGCCUGUCGCGCUAACGGAACAGGUUUGUGGAUCUGAUACUGAGUCCGAUGUGACUUUACAGGUAAGCCGUGCGGGAGGUUUCUCUUGAUGCGUCACAGUCGCGUCAGCUGCGCGCUUCGCGGGGAAAUGAUGCUUUUUGUUUUAGCCAACGGAAAAAGGACUAGCCUCGUUGCGGAGAAGACGUGCUAAUGCCACGUACAGUAACAUAAUCAAAUACUUUAACUUCUUCAGGCCAUUUAAUUAACUGGAUUAGCCAAAAUCUGAAGGCUAACAGGUUUGUUCAGAGUGCUAGCGUGCUAAAACUGGCUAACACGUUCUAAAUAAAGUGAAGUUUGACCAAAUUGCUGCCAUGUACAACAACAUGAUCAAAUACUAUCACUUCUUUAGGUCAUUUAAUUUACCAGAUUAGCCAAUAUCUGAAGGCUAACGGGUGGAUUAUAAGUACGUUACUAUGGUGGCCAUCUUUGUUUAGAGUGCUAGCGUGCUAAAACUGGCUAAAAUGUGAACCUAAGUACAGCAACAUAAUCAAAUACUAUCACUUCUUUAGGCCAUUUAAUUUACAAGAUUAGCCAAAAACUAACAAUUUAUAUUUGAAGGCUAACAGGUAGAUUAUUAGUAGGUUACCAUGGUGGCCAUCUUGGUUCAGAGUGCUAGCGUGCUAAAACUGGCUAACACGUGAACCAAGGUUUUAAAUAAACUAAAGUUUGACCAAGUGACUGCCACAGGAUCCCAAAAGAGUUCCUCUUGAAGUGACAGUGAGUGUCUGCCACAAAUAUCACGCACUUCACACAAUGUCGGCUAACUGGUGAGUCGGCCCCGCCACCCUACAGGUAUGCUAGUAGCAUGACUAACACGCUGUGGUGACUCAGCCUUGUUAAAGAUCUCGGUCUUGGUAAAAAGCAACUUUAAAUGUUCAAAUAAAAGUACGUUGUAAAUGAAGAACUACUGCGAACAGUGUCGAGGUUAACGCAAAGUGGUUUACUAAGUGAACGUCGGCCCCAUUGGCAGCCCGUUACCGUGACAUAUUCCGAGAGAAACCCCCCGCACGUUGCGUCUUUAACAUUAAAAAGCUCACACUACCCCAGAAAAAUAGAAAUUUUCACUCAUACCAAUGACAUUCAACAUUCAAGUGCCAGUGUUUUUUGUUUACUGUCUUUUGGUCAAGUCACUUUGUAAAAUAUCAACUUUUGUAUUAGGCUUAUAAAAAUAAAUAUUUCUCAAAAAUGCUUGAUAAAUUACACAAACUAGCAGCGAAAGUAGACUCGAGAACUCCCCGUGUGCAAACACCUGAAUCCUACGGUUGCUGUUAACUAGAACUCCACCUGGUCCCAAAAAACGCUUUCAUAUCUGGAAGAACCUUUCCAAACGACACACGCGCACUAAAAACUGUGGAGAAACCUCUCUAUUCGACACCUAACCGCAAACACGCUCACUCACGCAUACAUACCUCUCAGAGGUUUGAAGGACAUGUGCUACAGAAGAUUUAGUUGAAACUUAAAGUAAGUACGUUAAGUAUUUUCUGUGGGAUUUGAAGUGUUUCUACAUCGGAGGGGCCUGCAGGCCGCAGCAAUGGGAGCAUAGCACCAUAAAUUGUUCUCUGACGGUCAAAGCACAGGUAACUUAGCUACUGUAGUGACGCAGAAUUACUUGCCACGGCGACACCGUCGGUGUGUCGGUAGCCGCGGCAACAAUGUGUAAGGAUCCUCACUAUUUGCUCCGUUAGGGCUGGGUAUCACCCUUGUGUUUAAGGCAUCAAAAAGUUUGGGAGAUAAUCAAAAAAAAGCUAAAGUGCUGGGUUUCAGAGGAAGUAAACGGUCCAAACAAAUGAGGUUAUGUAUUCCUUCAUGUCAUAUCAUCAACACAGAGCGGCGAAGACUAACCUGCUACGGCCUCUGCAUAGCUACAAGUAAAAGCUCAGCUAUAGGCUAACAUGCUCGCAUUGACACGGAUAUGUUGGUUUACCAAGCAUGCUAGCGUUUGCUAAUGAACUGAAGUCCUAAGUGUCGCAGGUAUUCGGCUGUAAACGGAAGUAUUGGGUGAAUUUAAAGUAAUUAUACCCUGAAUGACGGCCCUAGCAGGGAGUCUGGACCAAAGUAGCCUACAAUCCCACCUUUAAUGCCCUGUGGCUCAAGAACGUACCAUUAAUGCCACAAAAUGGCACCAAAAUGGCGCCGGGCCGUGGUCCACGCCUCAAACGUAUCCGCCGCUUCGCGAUGCGUUCACUGGAACGGUUUACUUUUAAGGACUUUGCAUCCGCGUCGAAGAAUACCCAGCCCUAAACAUUUCAUUCUUCGGCGAUUCAGUCGUUUCAAGGCACCGCGCAUGCGUCGGAAUUUGGGCCGGUUUCACCCGUACCGAGAAAACGCCCCUAACGAAACAUACGCGGAGAAUGUUGACGGCUACAGAGUGGAAGCAAGCCACGAGUAACUGAACUCUAUUGCACUUAAGGCAGACGUUGAGGGCGCAGGGGGGGGGGGGUUAUUUUGGUGAGGUGGUGAUUUGGGGCACAGUGGUAGUUACUCUAACACAGUUCAAAACUAAUUACAACAGACGUAUAAAAGCAAACAAAUUGCAUAUUUACACUAUAUGCUGAAGUCUUCUACUAUUCUACAUCUGACUCUAUAACUCGAAAAUAAAAGAAAUAACUCCUAUCAAAACAUCCAUGUAUCUACGUGAAAUGUUUAGCCGCUCCUUCAUUUAUUAACAUAUCUGCCCCCUAGUGGCUGUUAGAAGGCACGGCAACAUCUACACACGCAACCACUUUCCUUCACGUGAAUUGCUUCCGACAGUUUUUUUUUUUUUAAUUUUUUCAUUUUUUUUUUAGAAAGCUUUGCAUUUGUAUUAAAACACAAGAGGCUGCGGCAGCCGCAUGCGAAGGUUGUGGUCGCCAUAGAUUCAAGUAACAAAAAGCCGACGUCGCCUCUCGCGCAGGGAAUGUCAGUCAACGUGUUGAUUGACGGUUGUGUUAUUCAGUCAAUAUUCGAAGGCAGAAGCUGCUUUCGAUAAAACUCAAAGUUGUUGAGCAACUGCCGACAACGCAGCUGGUAAACGAAACAUCUACGUGUAACGGUAUCCACGACACUAAGUGCAAAUGAAAGAGAUCUGUUCGUGUGUAAAGUGAAUUCUAACCUAAGCAAAUCCUCCAUAAUUGAUUGUCAUUUGCAACGCAUUGUCCUGUUACUGAUUUCUAUCCAUCAACAGUCCUUGUAAGACAUUUGACAUGGAGACUAUCCACCAUUGCUGCAGGAGAAAAUUAAAAGUGUGCGUUCGCGUUCAUGGACUCAGAAAAACAAAAAAAUAAAUAAAAGAAUCGGGUGCUAAAAUUGUCUAUUGGGACACCUCUGUCAGUUCUGGUCAACAGUUUAAUCAGAGAUUUAACCGGCGCUCAUAGCGGCUCAAGCUAACGUAAGAAAAAGUUUUUGGGUUUGUCGUGAGAGGACACGGUGUCCCGAAAACCAGGUCAAGUGAGAUAUCUUACACCAUAAAUUCCGACAGUAAGAGACGCGUCUUUGCACCAAGACACUACUUUCUUUUGUUUUGUUUUUUUUUACAUGUUGUACGUGACCUGCGCUCCGCUUCCUAAAUAUUACGUAGUAAAAUCAACUGGUUUCACUAAACUCCUUCAAAAAAGCACUCGAGUGAUCUGAAGACUGGCCUGAAUCGGACUUCUGGUUAAAAACUAGUCGGAAAAUCACAGAAGAAUUGAAAAAAAAAAAAAAAAAAAAAGGAAAAAAAUCAGAUAGUUCUAACUAAAGCCUGCUACUGAUCUGUAAUUAUUUUUCUUCGCAUUUUUAACUCCUUGACCAAAAAACAACAACACUUGCAUAUGUUUUAUUGUCUUGGUUCAGCCUAGUCAUUUGUCAAAGACAGUGGGCAACUUGAGGGAACCUGCCCCGUGAAAGGAUUCCUCCAUGGAUUCAUUUAACUCAUUGGUUUAUUUAUGUAUUUUAUGUUCGUCAGCCGCGUUCAAAUUGCCCACUGAGCUAAGCUCACCAGACGCCGUCUGGUCCAAUGUUGAGUGAUCGAAUGUAAUUUCCUAUGCGUCAAGUGUUGUUUAACUUAUAACUCACAUUCUUUUCUUUAAAGAAGUGUUGAACUAUUUACAUUUAAUCUAGGUUCUACAUGUAAACGAAACAAAUUAACAGCCUGAUAGAAAUUAAUCAUUUUCCCCCACCGGGUAGCAACUGAGUAUUUUUUUUUUGCCUUUAUUUGCUGCUAAUUGACACAGUGGGCUUUUCUACCACUGAACCAUCCAAACGUACAGUGGAGUUCCCUUUACGGGUUCAAUCAGGGAUGAAACGUGGACUAACCCUAACCCUAACCCUAACCCUAGGUACAGGUCAAUUGCACCUAGAAGCCUGGUUCUACAGCAGAGCCAAGCUAGGGCUACCCAGGAAUUAGACUCAGCCCUGUUAUGCCACUUUUCCACCAGCACAAUUUAGCCUGUGUUUCUCAAUGUGCUUGCAAGAUUUUGCCAGCAAGGGUACGUUCAACGCAUGACCGGUCAUGUUGUUGUGCCAAUAAAUACGGUAGCUGCCAAGACUGCCGGUCUACUCCGGAAAGACGACAGGAGAGUGGCGCAGCUUUGACGGAAACAAACUAGCUACGUGUGUUGUCCUGCUCGUUGGGUGAAAAUGUCGACUUGUACCAAUAUUUUGGCGACACUGCAAAUCAGGAAGUGAGUUCAUUAAAAAGACAAGGCACGGCAAAGCAGGGAGGAGCUGCUGGGUGGAAAGCAAGCAAUGUUGAAGCAGGUCUUUGGUUUGGAAGCAAUAAUUUAACAUGGGAUUUAACGUGGUGAACUAUUGUGCUUGAUCGUAGUAAAGUAAGAGGCUAAAAUGUGCUCUGGAUGCGUGGCGUUACAUCCUCGGGAAGCCCUGGCCGCCUGCUCCCUGCGGUAAAAAUUAAAAUAAAAAUUAAAUUAAAAAAUGCCCGAUUAUCCAAUUCUUUAAUUUACCCCCCUCGCCUCAACAGAUCUGAAAGACAAUAAACUGGAAUGACUUAUUUUAGAGAAGACUCUUCAUGUAACUCUCCAGGAUAGAGUGAGCAAGAAAAUUUGGAACUCUUUUGAAAGUUGUGUAUCCCCUUGAAAGAAGCUUUUGGCGAACAAGGGAGUCGGUGUUUGUUUGUGGAGGCAGGACUGGUUUUCCCGGGAGCGCGGUGGCACUAACGGUGGGUUGAACAGCUAUGGACGCUGGUCAGUAACGGGCAAUCUUUCAGCAGCAGCUGCGCAGUUUCCGAUUUCUAACCCAAAAAAUGAUUCGCAAGUGGAAAACACCAGGCUUUUCAACAGCUCGUGUACACGGCGAAGUAAUGGAACAAUUGAAACGGAUACUCUACGAGAGUGUGAGAGUGGCACAGUAGGUUUUGAUUAAGGGAUCUACGUUUCCAUUUAUGUCCGAAUGGUAAGAAACUACCGCCGGGACAGGGCUGCUGCUGCUGCGAAGCUAAACCAGUGGCUCUGCUACAGACGGAAAUUGACCCGACCGUUAGUGACAAGAUGGCUUCGGGAAACCCGACUGCGAGCUCAAACCAGAGCUGUAGAUGUGACACACAGGUCAAUGAGUAGGACUCCGUUUCCCAAAAGCAUAAAACCACUGCUGUUAUAUCUGCUCGUUGGCUUCUUCUUCUUCUUCUUCUUUUCUUAAAUGUAAUCAAUGUAACAUCAUUUUGGCCCAUAUUUAGUCGCAUAUCUUUACAUAUGGUGACAGUGGUGAUAUGCUUUGGGGGAACCAGCUCAUCAGAGUCCUUCUGAUUAAUUUUAACUCCUAUAAGUAGAUAAGGAAUUAUUUUGAGUUUCCUUAUCUCAGUUUUUGUUUUUUUUUUGCCAAGGUUUGAUUUAGUUCAAGCCUAGUUUGUUUCCUUCCAAAUGGAAAUAAAAAAAAAACAUGUUUAAACCCAUACAUGACAUUAAAUACACAUUUUUUUUCUUUUUUUUUUUUUAGUCACUAUUGGCUUAUACUGGCAGCCAGUUACGUGUUAUGGCAAUAAAAACAACAAAAAAUAAGAGACAGUGUUCAAAUUGUUAAAGGCACAGUACAGAAACAGAUGAUUCUCCAUUAAUGCUUAAAACAAAGAAAUGCUGUUAACAACCACAAGUCCUCAGGCUGUUUGCUAGCGUUAUUGCUAAUGGGCAACAACGUUCCCGUUUGUCCAGCCCCUUACCGCUUCCUUCUGUCACUUAGACUUGGCAAAUCAAUAUUUCGAUGUUUUAAAAAGGUGGAAAAAUAAAAAACGAAACAAAACAAAAAAAAAAUUUGCCGUUUCUGUGGCCACUUUUUUUUUUUUUUUUUUUUUUUUU